AUGAAGGCCGGUCAUACACCAUCAACAGAUCCAUGUCAGGAGCCGGGCAUCUUCAAAUGCUAUAUUGGCCACAAACAGUGUGUGCGACACAUCGGCCCUCCCGUAGAAUCGCCGUGGUUGGAUGGCCCUCUCGCAGAAUGUCCCUUGAGGCCAGUGUUCAGCGGGUCUCCUGUCUUUCUAUUGCAUCCGCCGCCUUUAGCUCGACGAGUAGAGACUGGUGAGCAAAGCAAGCAGAACCUAUUCGAGCAAGCGACUUCAUGGACCAGGUCGUCACGAAGUCCGCCACCGGUUUCCCCUGAGCACGGGCCACCACCAUCUCUGGCAGAGCCGCUUUCAGACCUUUUGGAAUCCAGACGCCUUAGCCUUGACCAUGAGGUACGAGGACAUGAAUUGUAUGGCACACCCCGGUACAGCACCUUCGUCACUAGUCAAUAUGAUGAGGUGGCCCUAUAUGGACAACAAGAACCGCGUGCGUCUGGUUGGGACCCAGUCUUCGAUCCCUUUGUCUGUGGUUCGUUGCCCGCGGACAGCUUCACAGAGCCAGGUACUGGUCCUCCGCGGGGAGUAAUCCACUCUAACCAGAGUCUUUUCGCCGGAACCGACCAGCAUGUUGUUGGGACAGGUCCUCCUUUCGCUCCGGUACCCUCAUGGAUGGCGGAAGAGGUCCUCUUGACAACUCCACCGCCUUCAUUCCUGCAGGACUAUAUAUCCUGCCCUUCUGCCCGCCGUUGUGGCCAUGUCCCGUCUAUCUUCCACACCGCGGAACUUGAGAUAAUGCAUCAUCACCUUCCAUUUCAACGUAUCCCCUUCGAAACCACCAUGCUCGCUUCUGGAAACCUCUCGCCCGAGCACCUCAUGAUGAUCCCGCCCUCGAGUUCGUCGGGCACCAACAUCAGCGUUGGCAACAGCAACAGCAACUGCCCCAGCCCCGGCAGCUACAAGUACUACGAAGUGCAGAAUGAAGAACUGGCGCAAUUGGUCAAGGACAGCGCACCACUCGUUCCUAUGAACAACCCUCUCCGACCGGCUUCGAGGCUUGAUAUCCCAUGGUUGCAGGGCCUCGAGGGAUAG